CAGGUUUGGCGUCAGAACCAGCGUUGGUUUUUCAAAAUGGCUGCAGCAUUACAAUGCUGGUCUGACAGUUUGAAAGAAGCAAAGAAAACUGCGCUGCUACAUGAAGGAAAGAGGAAAGUGCAUUACCUUUUUGCGGACGGGAAAGAAAUGGCAGAAGAGUAUGACAUGAAAACUGACGAGCUUAUUGUACGAAAAUGGCGAAAGAAGAGCACUUUGGGAGCACCAGGUCAAUGGGAGGUCGAAGUAGGUGACCCGUCUACGAUGCAAACUUCAGAACCACAUCUGAUCAAGGAGAGCAGUUCAAAUCCUGUAUUGAUACGUAAAGACACCAAGGCGAGCUUUCAGUGGAGGGUCCGCAACCUUCCCUAUCCCAAAGAGGUCUACAGCGUUUCCGUCGAGCCAGGGGAACAGUGUUGCAUCAUCAGGACAACAAACAAAAAGUAUUAUAAGAAGUUCUCCAUCCCAGAUCUGGACAGGUGUCGGCUACCUCUGGACAGCUCCGCCCUCACCUUCAACCACGCCAACAACACCCUGAUCAUCACUUACCAGAAGCCCAAGGAGCUUCUGACCCUGGAGCAGGACUUGCUGAGGGAGCUGAAAAGGAUCAAGAGCACCGGUGACGGGGACAUGGACUGCAAAACCCAGUGACCCGCCCGACACGCAGGGCCACGCCACGCGACUAUGUGACAUGAGGACGUGCAGUCUUUCACCAAAGCCGCGUUCCUGCAGGUUAUCUUCACCAUUGGCUCGCUGUUUAUUAUUUUUGUUCCCUUUUUGAAGGUACCAAGAAAGAAAAAAAAAAAAGAUCUCUUUAAAUAGGUUGACUUUUGGUUUGAAGUAUUUCGAAGUCUGGACGUCUGGUGUGGAAUCAGAAUAAUUUAUUCUGCUGUUAAACUAAUUUCUAAACCGUUUUCUACUGUCUGUGGCU